GGGGGCUGGGGUGAGAGGAGAGAUGAGUUGCUGAGUAUGCACACCUUUUGAAAGCCCAUACACACACACCCUGCUCCAGGGGCUCCUUUCUCAGGCUGCCCCCCAUGGAGUUCCCCCUGGCCCAGAUAUGCCCCCAAGGGAGCCGAGAAGCCCCGGCCAUAACCUUCAGCACCUUCCAGCCCCUGGACUUGAACCGCAGGAGCUGCCAGGGCCCGGGCUUGCUUCUGGGACCACGACUCCAGGCCCCUGAGGAAGUCUGGCCCAGCCCCAGGGGCCCAGCUGGCCAGGCUGUGGCACCUCUCCAGGCCCCAGGAGCUGCCUGCAAUCCGAAGGAUGUUGGGAAGGAGGAGGUGCCAAGGGAAGAAGCUCUGUUCCUACAGGCCGAGACUCGGGCUUGGUUCCAGAAGACCCAGGCCCAUGAGUUCCUACAGCACGGGGCGGCCCCCAUCUGGUUCCACGGUUUCAUCACCCGGAGAGAGGCCGAGAGGCUGCUGGAGACUAAGCCUCAGGGAUGCUACUUGGUGCGUUUCAGCGAGAGCGCCGUGACCUUUGUGCUGACUUACAGGAGCCGGACUUGCUGCCGCCACUUCCUGUUGGCCCAGCUAGGGGACGGGCGCCACGUGGUGCUGGGCGAGGACAGCGCCCACGCGCGGCUGCAGGAUCUACUGCUGCACUACACUGCGUGCCCGCUCAGCCCGUACGGGGAGACGCUCACCGAACCCCUCGCCCGCCAGACUCCUGAGCCCGCAGGACUGUCCCUAAGGACCGAAGAAUCAGACUCUGGAAGCAAAAGCCAGGACUCACCGUUUCAGUAUAGCCCGAUUCUCAAAAAGGAACGAAGUAUAGCCCUCACGCAGAGAGAUGGAGCUGGGGAGCCAAAGCAGCCCUCCCAGUCGCCCAGGCCCAAGCCGCCCAUCCCCGCCAAACCUCAGCUGCAGCCCGAAGUCUACACAAGCCCUGCUCCGAGACCCCGCCCAGCCCUGCCGCCCAAGCCCUCCAACCCCAUCUACAACGAACCUGAUGAACCCAUCGACUUCUACGCCAUGGGCCGUGGCAGCCCUGGGGAAGCUCCCAGCAACAUUUAUGCCGAGGUGGAGGUGAGGCAGCCUGAUUCAAGGAGUGAGGACCCGCAGUGCAUCCUCAGGCAUGAAGUCCUACGGAAAUGCCAGUCCAGGCCUGUCCUAGGCAGCCAGAAUCCAGGUGGCCAACAACUACAUUCUGAGAACUCCGUGGCUGAACACGGCCCUACUGUGCCCCACCAGCCCCUACCCCGCUGGGGGCACACUCUCCCCCACAACCUUGCUAGACAAGUGCUUCAGGACAGAGGACAGGCGUGGCUCCCCCUGGGGCCUCCUCAGUAGCUGGUCUGAGCUGGGGAAGGAUAACUUGGAACAGCGGGUCCAGAGACCUUCACACACACCCAGCCAUCCUUCUCAGGAAAUGUAAAUGGAACAAACUGUAGGUGAUCAAAGCUGGAAAGGACCUCAGCCAUCAUCUAUUGCAAAGACGGCGAAAAAGUGUCACCUUGGAUGCCAACUCCAAUCCAUUGAUUGUGGCUGCCUAGAGCACUGCUUUGGAAAGGAUGCUAAGGUCAUAUCUGAACUCAGCAGAAAAGAACGCCAUGAUUGAUUAGUGAUGUCUGCCAUGGGUGAGAGAAGAGGCGCAGCACCUCCUUUGCCUUUACUGAUCAAGUCCAACUCCAGCUUUGUUUUUAGAAACAAACCCAGAGAGGGAUGGUGGCUUAGUCAAGGUCAAGGACUAGAACCCAGGCUUCCUGAUUCUUCUGUUUAGUGCUCUUUUCUGUACCCCACUCUACUAACUCUUCUCCAUGGGAAAUGUCUGAGAUUUCCUCAGAUAAGAAAUCUGGCUGCUUUCCAGAGUUCUGCUGCAUGGGGGCCUUGGGUGCUGGUUCCCUUCCUCCAGAUCCCAGCUUAGCCCUGUUCCCCUAACUGGUCUGGGCCCACACAAAGAAACCUGGAGGCAGGAGGAGCAAAUGUGGGGUCUGCUUCCUUUCAGGGACACACCCUCUGGUUCCCUCCCAAGAAUCUCCAAGAAUCCAGUGGCUCAGUGCUUGCCUCUAAGGAAGAGGGCUAGGAGGGCCCUGCUGCAUCCCACUACCCUGGUUUCCCCUCCUGGAGUCUGAUUU